ACCCUCCACCAACAGAACCGUGAAACACAGCACGUCAGUAGUCAAACAGAAGCACAAGCUCUGACGUCUGUCUGCUGUUUGCACAGCUCUGCCAACCUGUGUACUUUCUUCUUCCUUUUUGUCAACACAUCAUGCUACACAUUGCGAGUGUGAUAGCGCUAGCUGCUUUAGCCAUUAACGGAUGUGCCGCCGCAACUCUAAAAACAUGCGGAGGCUCGCUCAGCGGGAUAUACGGAGACUUCCAAUCGCCCGGGUUUCCGGAUAAGUACGACGCGGACAAGACGUGCGUUUGGAAUAUCAGCGCGCCCGACGGUUACUAUAUCAAGCUCGAGUUUACGCAGUUUACGCUCGAAGAGCACAGUCACGAGUGCGAGUACGACAGAGUGACGGUUUCGGAAGGAGAGCAAAGAUUGGCGUUGUUGUGCGGCACACCGAACUCUGAUGGACCAAAAGAACCCAUCAAAUCCUCAAACGGAUCCAUGCAGGUAGAGCUCUUUUCAGACUACUCAGACACGGCGCCUGGUUUCUGGGCCCACUUUGCAGCAGUCGAUAUUGAUGAAUGUGCCGUCGACAAUGGAGGUUGCAAUCAGCACUGCCAUAACUAUCCGGGAAGCUACUACUGCUCGUGCAGUGCAAACUACGUGCUCCAGUCCGACGGAAAGUUUUGUAAAGUUGUGUGCGACGGUAUGACCAAGACUGACUUGCAUGGCGUCAUCUCGAGUCCAGAGUAUCCUGACAUUUAUCCCGAUCAGUCUGUGUGUGACUGGUGUAUCACACUGCCUUUGGGAUAUCAAGUAGUGUUGACGUUCGCGGCCAUGGACAUCGAAGAGCAUCACGAAGUGCCGUGUCCUUACGACAAGCUAAAAAUCGAUACUGGUCGUUCUGCAAAGGCGGGACCGUAUUGUGGGAAGACACUCCCAUCGCCUGUUAUUUCUCAAGCUAACAAGAUGUGUCUUUACUUUACAAGUGAUGAUUCAGUCGGCCAUCACGGCUUCUCAGCGAAAUACAAAGCCAAGCCGCUUGAUUGCGGUAAUCCUGGCACUCCUUCCAACGGACAAAAGAUUGGAAGAAAUUAUACGUUUCCUAGCCAAGUGACGUACCAAUGUGAUAGUGGUUUCUUUCUCGUCGGUUCCAGUUCCCGCGAUUGUCAAACGGAUGGCACAUGGAGCGGAACUACAGCAAGAUGCGAGCGUGUGUCGUGUGGUGAUCCUGGUAUACCUAAACACGGAACUCGGACGAUCAUUGCUGGAGUUCAACGAACGUACGUGUACGAGGACAAGGUCAAGUUGGACUGCAACCGGUUUUACUCCAGACUCGAAGGAGACGCGGUACGGACGUGUAGAGAGAGCGGACGUUGGAGCGGAACCCAGCUCAAGUGCAAACCAAUAUGCGGUAAAACGACGUAUUACAACCGCGUAAGAAUUAUCGGGGGCUCAACAGCACGUCACGGCGUUUACCCGUGGAUGGCCAUGCUCUAUUACCAUCCAUGCAACCAAACUAGAAAGCACUGCUUGUUCUGUGGCGCAACCAUUCUCGACAACAACUACGUGCUGACUGCUGCUCACUGUACCCGAGGCAUAUUAGGAAAUUCACCGUUCAUUAUACGAGUGGGAGCACACCAGGUGCGCUCCGACGGAGACAAAGAGUGGUGGUGCCAGGUGGAGGAAAUUAUCGAGCAUCCGAGCUACAACACUGAAACAUUCGACUACGACGCAGCUCUUAUUAGAGUAGCCAACUGUACGAAAAAGACCAGUCCCAUUACAACCGUCGAUGAAAUCGUUUUUUCGGACCAUAUCAGACCGAUAUGCUUGCCCAAUCCGGCUCUUCUUUCUGAUCUAGAGUUGUACAACGCGGGCAGCGUCGGCACUGCUGCAGGCUGGGGAAAACGCAACCUGACGACCACCAGUAAAGGUUACUCAAAAGUUCUACGUCACGUCGAGUUGGCCAUUAGCGACAGCAAUAAGUGUCAAUCCCAUUUCAGCCGUCAGGAUUGGGAGAUAACGCCCCGGAUGUUCUGUACUCUCGCCGACGGUCAGGACACGUGUCAUGGCGACUCCGGUGGCCCGUAUAUGAUUAAACGAAAUCCGAGCAGUUCGAAUCCCAAAUCCGUCCUUCUUGGCGUCAUCAGCUGGGGAGAUUCUAGCUGUGCAACAGGCUACGGUGUCUACACUAAAGUCAGCCAAAUCGUUUCCUGGAUUGAUAAAACAACUGGAGAUCUGGCGGCAACUCUAACGACCUGUGGAGGCUCGCUCAGUGGAAUGUACGGCGAUUUCCAGUCGCCCGGAUUCCCGGAUAAGAACAGUGCAGCUGCCGCAUGUAUCUGGCGUCUAACCGUGCCUGUCGGUUACUACAUCAGACUCGAGUUCGCGUACUUGGCGCUCAAAGUGAGAGGCUUGCAGUGUAAUCGUGAGCGCGAGAAAGUGAUCGUUUCAGAAGGAACCGAGAGGUUGGCGUUGCUGUGUGGCAUUCAUGAAUCAAACGAAUCCAUUGUGUCUACAAACCAUUCCAUGCAAGUCAAGCUCACCUGGGACCAUCUACGUAGAGUAGGAGUCCUGCCUAGACCACGUGGACUUUGGGUUUACUACUCAGCAGUUGAUAUUAACGAAUGCGCUGUCGACAAUGGAGGUUGCAGUCAGCGCUGUCACAACUACAUUGGAGGUCACUACUGCUCGUGUAAGACAAACUACGUGCUCCAGCCAGACAAGAAGUUUUGUAAAGUUUUGUGCAAUGGCAUUACUAAGACUGACUUGCAAGGUGUCAUCUCGACUCCAGAGUAUCCUGACAUUUAUCCCGAUCAGGCUUUGUGUGACUGGUGCAUCACACUGCCUCUGGGAUAUCAAGUAAAGUUGACGUUCACGGCUAUGGACAUCGAAUACCAUCACGAAGUGCAAUGUCCUUACGAUCACCUGAAGAUCGACACUGGUCGCUCUGCACAAACAGGACCAUAUUGUGGGGAAAAGCUUCCUUCACCUGUUGUUUCUCAAGCUAACAGGAUGUGUCUCUACUUUACAAGUGAUGAUUCGGUUGGACAUCGCGGCUUCACGGCUAAAUACAACGCCAAGCCGCUUGAUUGUGGUGAUCCUGGCACACCUGUAAACGGACGAACGAACGGAAGAAAUUAUACGUAUCCUAAUAGAGUGACUUAUAGAUGUAAUAGUGGGUUUGUACUGGUCGGUCUCAAGAUCCGUUCUUGUCAGACGGAUGGAACAUGGAGCGGAACUUUGGCAAGAUGCGAGCGUGUGUCGUGUGGCGAUCCUGGUCAACCUAGUCAUGGAAGUCGGAUCAUCAUUGAUGGAGUUCAGCGAACGUACGUGUACGAAGACAAAGUCAAGCUGAGCUGCAACCAAUACUACUCCAUACUCGAAGGAGACACGAUUCGGACGUGUAGAGCAGAUGGAAGUUGGAGUGGAAGUCAGCUCAAAUGCACACCAACAUGCGGUAGGAAAACUAUAUACAAUGAUCUUGGAAGAGUCAUAGGCGGCUUACCAGCACGUCGCGGUUCUUUCCCGUGGAUGGCCAUGCUGCAGUUAGAUCCAUGCGAUCCAACUACACAGCAAUGCGUCUUCUGUGGGGGAUCUAUUCUCAACAACAACUUCGUGUUGACUGCUGCUCACUGUAAUCGAUUUGCCAUUACAAUACGCACACAGUUUGUUGUGCGAGUGGGAGCACACAAUGUUUCAUCCAACACAAAUGCAGAGUGGUGGUGCAACGUGGAGGAAAUUAUCGAACAUCCCCUUUACGACCAUAUUUAUAAAGACUACGAUGCUGCUCUUAUUAGAAUAGCUAACUGUACAAGCAAGUGGACACCUUCUACUACCGUCAAUGAAAUUGUGUUGUCAGACUACAUCAGACCUAUAUGCCUGCCGAAUGCGUCUCUACCCGCUGACCAACGGUUGAACUUGUACAACGCGGGCAAUGUCGGCACUGCUGCAGGCUGGGGAAUCAUCGAUUCCACUGUAACACAAUUUGCUGAAACGUUGCGUUACGUUCAUUUGCCCAUCAGCAACACCAGCAACUGUAGGACUCACUUUAGGCGUAUCGGUCGUGUUACGCCUCGAAUGUUUUGUGCUGACGGAAGUAGACGAGACACGUGUUACGUCGACUCUGGUGGACCGUUUAUGAUUCAGGAAAGUCCGAUUAGCGAAUACAUUAUUUUGGGCGUCGUCAGCUGGGGAGACCGCAUUUGUGGAACAGGAUACGGAGUUUACACUAACGUCAGGAGCAUCGUAGCUUGGAUUAACAGAAAUAUUGGAAACUAGUGAGAAACUCUGGCAGGUCGCGAGUUAUCAAGGAUUAAUUACACGUAUAGUGGUUUUGUUAUAGCGUCGUUGUUGUGUGGUUUGUGGUGUGUUUCUAUCUAUGACUAUACUGCUGCGUAGAUUAAAGUAAUGCAGCAGUGCAAAUAUAAACAUCAGCGACCUUUUA